AAAAUUUUCAAAAAUGUUUCAAAAAUCAACUGCAAAAUCAAAGGGCUUGCUUAAAAAUAGUUGAAUAACAGAAGCUAAGCCAGUUCAAUUUAAACCUCAAGAGCCCUCUCAAAAUCAAACUUCAAAAACCUUGAACCCUGAUUCUUGCCCAUCAACCUCUCGUAGAUUCAAAAGAAAGUACUGAAAGGCUUAUAAAUUAUCUCGAAUUGACCAGACAGAGAAUGAAUCCUGAAACAUCCAUUUAAACCGGAAGGGAAUGGGUAAAAGAGUCAUGUCUCAGCAAGCCUUGAAGCCUAAAAUUACAUUAAAAUCGAAACCUCGGAAAAAGAAAUGCACAAAAGAUGCCCAUACCAAGAGCCACAAGCAAAAGAGGAUUCUUAAGUCUCAUAGAAGCCACAAAACUGAAAGGAAUAAGCUACAUUCCAGACCAACUAUGAUCAUCAAUGCUAAAUCUAGAAGCAGUCUUUCUAGACCUGAUAGCCCAAAUUUUUGCAAACCCAAGGAAUUUAGAAACAACCCUUUAGAAAGUCAGAAUGUGUGUGAUACUACUGAAGAUACUUACCAAAACAACGCUGGUAGGUCAUCGACUUGUUCGAUGCCUCUGACAGAGACUUCCAAGAAGAUCUUAAGUCCGAAAGAACCUCGCCACAGUAUGGAUUUACCCUUACAGAAAAAUACCCCAGCACUGAAUUGAAAAGAAGUCUCUCCGAUUUUAGAAGACUCUAAGGGAGAAGAUACCAUAGUUGAUGAGAUAGAGGCAUUUCCUUCAUCAUGUGCCAACAAAUUUACAGGUAUCAAGCUAUGUCAGAGAAGAGAAUCUAAUCUUAAUCAUGAGCGGUCCACUGGUCCCAAAAGAUCUCAUACAGAGUCUAUAAAACCGUACAAAAAGUCUGAAUUUGUUGGAAAACUUGCCAAUAAGCUUGCUAAAUAAACUUAUCAGCUCUGUAAAAUUAGAAUUUCAAAAGGAAAAAUGCAAAACUCUUAGCUCAAUCCAAAAGAUGAAGAUCAAAACUAAUGCAAGCCAGGAUUCUCAAAGAGGGUUGAAGUUAGUCACUAAAGAACAGAUGCUAUUCAAAAGAGUUGCCAAAGAAGGGGAUCUUAAGAAACUUCCCAAUCUGAGGAAAAGCAAGAAAGCUAAGUCAAAAAAGAGCUCCCCCAAAAUUACAAAAACUAUGUUUAAGUCCAAGCCAAAUUUGAAUAAGGAGAAUAGACUUAAGCAAAUAGGACUUGAAUUCAUGAAAUUCAUUCCUAAGAGAUUAAAGAAUAAAAAGAUCAAGAGAAAGUUUAAAACUAAAGGGUACAAGUCUAACCAGAGACCUGAGAACCAGUAUUUUACAAACCCAGGAAUUACUAGUACCAAAUCAGAUAGAUCUCUCCACAUUGAGUUUGAGCCAAACUUAGAAAACGGCCAAAUCAAUCUCAUUCCUCACAUCGAAGAGAUCCCUUCUAAUGCUCCCAAAACAGACCUAAACCCUGAGAAUUUCCUCCAAAUCAGUGAAAUUCCACUUAACCCCAAUAAAUCCCCCCAAAAACUCCAAUCCGCAGCUAUAGGCACAAGUUUCACUGCCCCUUUCCACCCUCUCUCCACCUCUGACAAAAAUCUCACUUGAAAUCUCCUCCAGACCCCCUCUCCAAGACCUAAAAUCUCUACUAAGUCCACAUCCCCAAUCCCCCAAUCCUUCCAUGCCCGCCUAAGAGAUCCUGCUUCUGUUCACACUCAAACUUGUAAAAUUACAAAAAUUUCAUCGGAAAUUCCAGAUUUUAGAAAUUUUGAAUUUUUUGUGCAUAAAUUUUUGGGUGUGAAGAAUAGUGGGUUUCUUAGGGGAGAUUUAGAGGGGAUGUAUAAGGCGAGGAUGGUUUCAGGAAGGAGGUAUAGGGAACGGAGUGGUUUACUUGAGAAGUGGAUCGAUGUAGAACAAACUGAGAUUUAAGAACCUCAACAAUCUUCUAUCGAACCAAUAUGCACAAGCUUCUAAAAUAAUUGAAAACCUGGAAAAGACCAAACAGAUCGUGGUCGACAAGAUCUUACGAAGAAGGAUCAAAGGCAUUAGCGAAGGAGCCAACAGGGCUCAUGCCUCCUUCGAGCUACCCGAGGCCUGAAGUGAGCUAGCCGAGGACUUAAGCAGUGAAAUGAAUAGAACAACCAAUUCAGAGAUUUGUAAUGUACUGAGAAGGAGAAGAGUAAGGGUAGGAGCCAGGAUAUGUGAGAGGAAGAAGAGGGAUAGUGGUAAGGAGAGUGGAGACAAGCAGUGUGGCGUAUCCUCUUCAUCGGAUGUGUCUUAUGAGAGCUCGCUGCAGUGCUCUGAUCAUAGAGUAUCUUUUGAUAAACCUAAAGAUGAGUUUAACUCUGACCUAGAAGAUAUGAGUAGUCCUCAAGUUAUUAUUGAGCCUUUUUACAGAACACCUAAAAGCCCAGUUCCUCAAGCAUCAGAAGAGAGGAUAGAAGACUCUUUUGCAGACUCAAGACGAUCAAAAGUGAGUCUGGACACUCUAGAAAGUUUAGAAAUUCCAUCAUCUCCUUCUAUGCUAAUUGAAUCCGGGAGAAGCAAUAAUAUUGACGAUCCCCUCAUGCCUGUUGUACCUCACAAUACAAGCCAUAAAAUUCAGAAUACUCAAAAUGAUAAAGAUUUGGUUGAUCCUAAAUUCAAAGAGCAGAGUGAUGCUAUAGCAGAUCAGAUUCUCCACUCUAUGCUUUGAGAGCUAGACAAUGACUCUGGAAUCAACAAAGCCCUUAACAGAGGAGAGCCAUUCGAAGAAUUGCCUAGCUUCCUAAACAGAGGAAUUCAGACAGAUGGUCUUGCUGUUAUAGAAUACCUCAAUAAACUAUUCACUAAGAUCCGAAGCGACAGAGAUUUCUUCCUUGAGUCUCUUUCAACUCCUCUUAAUCGAGACCCAUUAGAGAUUUUGAGAAAUUUACAAGAUAUUGAACUAGAUUCAGAUGACUCUGAUUCUGAGAACACUCCUUUCCAACCUAGCAUACUUCCUGUAGAGCUCUAUCUCGAAAUUGAAAAGCAAGGUAAAGAGAAGCAAAACAAAGAGGCUAAGAAAUGCAUUGAAGACCCUCUCGCAGACCUUGAAAACUCUGAUGAUGAAGAUAGUAUAAUGGCAGACUGGGAAAAUAUUCAUAACAAAGUUAUAUUUGAUUGCGUCAAUGAAGUUUUGGAUAACUAUCGGCCUUAUGGCCUUCGAGGCCCACCUCUCUCCUGGAGCAUAAAUCCUAGAACCCUUACUUAUAAAUAUAGCGAGACUGACAGGAUAGAUGAGGUACUUUUAGAAUGCCAAGAAAAAAUCAUGGCAUGGGCUGGCAUCGAAGCAGGUACUUUAACAAACAGCGAUACUUUACUGACUGCUCCACAGGAGAUUAAACAAGUUUUGACUGAACAACAAUUCCUUACCCAAGUGCGGGAAGAAAGAUUGACAAAUCUUCUUUCAGAAGAAAUCAACAAUGCAGAGCCUCUCUGGCUAGAUUACGAAUAUGAAGAAACACAAGUCAAGUUAGAUCUUGCAGAUAUGAUCCUGCAGGAUCUUUGAUAUGACACAAUCAGAGAACUGAAUAGAAUCCACAAAGGGGAUGGUGCAUCAGGUGAUUUUAUAGAUAAAUUAUUUAAAGAAACAGAACCCAAACAUGAGCCACCGAUUAUCUUACAGAAUGAUAAAUCUCCAGUGAAUGUACCAGUUAAAGCAACUUCAGAAGGGAUUGAUGUUUCUCAAGGAACUCCUGAAGUUAGAAAUACAUUGAAUAGGUCAGUUUAAUGGAUUACAUAGUAAUUCAAAUAAUCUUAUUCAAUAAAUGUGUUC